UAGCAACUCCAAACAGAAGAUGGCAGUAAUACAACGCAGAAUGAUGUGAAUCCGCUAAUGAAAGUGUUGGCCCUAGAGUAUCUGCGUCCACUUCCGCGUACUUUCUGACAAACUGUAACAUGGCUAAUUGCAAAGAAGCUGAAGCCCAACUUUCUGAGGUUGAACUUCUCCUGAGUAUGUUCCCAAAUAAGGAAGAGCUUCUUUUAAAUGACGAGCUGGCAUUAGCAGAACUGCGGGACUUCUGUGAGGGAAAAGCAUUUGCACCUCCUUCUUCCAGGGUACACUAUACAAUACAGCUAAAGCUAGAAACUGAAGCUGAUGAUGUGGUUGUUGCUUCAAUAUCCUUCACUUACCCUUUGAAGUAUCCUUCAGUUAUACCAGAAAUUAUUGUCAGGUCACCCGCAAUAAGCAGAACACAGCAAACACAGCUGCAAACUGCACUAAACGCUUUCUUGAAUGACAGUUGCCAUGGAGAUAUUUGUGCUUUGACUGCUCUAGACUGGAUCAAAGACAAUGCCCCAUCUUUUAUUAAUAAGAAGCCUUUAACAUCUGAUUCAAGUAUCCCAGAAACGACUUUGAGCUGCACUUUCACAAGACUUUGGAUCUACAGUCAUCAUAUUUAUAACAAGCACAAAAGAAAAGAUAUUCUAGAUUGGUCAAAGGAACUUGAAUUGACUGGGUUCAGCAUGCCAGGAAAACCAGGUAUUGUGUGUGUAGAAGGGCUUCAGGGUACCUGUGAGGAGUUUUGGGCAAGGUUAAGACGACUGUCGUGGCAGAGGAUAUUUAUUUGUCAUAGAGAGGACAUAACUUUAAGGGAAAACAGUGAAGAUGAUAUGAAAGAAUGUAGAAGGUUUUCUAAUUUUGAAGAAGCAAUUUUUGAUGUGUCUGGAAAAAGGAGUCGACAUAUGGACUUGGGACAGUUAUAUACUUUUCUAAAUGAAAGAGGUUGUGGAGAUGUGUUUAGAUUGUAUUUUAAAAUUGGUGAAAAAUAAAACCAAAGCAUCAUUCUUUGUUUACAAAUGACAAUAUGAUUAUUCCAGUAACACUACAAACUGAUUUUACUUAUGGUUUUACUUUAUUUAUAACAUACUGAAUGAAAACACUUCCAUUUUUAAAGAAAUCCCUAUAUGUAUGAUUGUCAAGUCUGUAUGAUGAAAUUUAUUUUCCUACAUCGUUGUAAGCAGGAUACUGCAUGAAUAUAAUUGAGUAUUAUGUGAAUCCUAGCGAAACGUUUUGAUUUUGCCUUACUAGGCCUGUGCUCUUUAUCUUAAUUUGAAAACUUUUUUUUUUUUUAUUAUUUCUGUAAUUUUUGAGACUGAUGUGGAAUUGAUGUUUUAUAAUAUUUUUAUUUGCUGUUACCAAUUACAUUGUAUUGUGCAGUCUGUGGACUGGGUUUUUGUCCUAACUAGGGGGCUUUACCCCCUGCUUGAUUCGCUCCUCCGUAACCUCUCUUAAAUGGUGAUACAAUGGGAAACAAA